UGCUGUAUCCCAUGACAACAUACACAGGGCUGCUUCGAAAUUUUGAGCUUACAAAAUUUUCUACCUCCGAACAGUGUAUACGUGGCUUUAAUUUUGUCCGACCAUAUUUACACUGGUCGUGUGUAGUUACCUAUUGACUUCGUGAAUAUUGCUUGUUUUCCUGUAAACACAAUGUCUCAUUCCGCCCAUGAUGUGCCUUUGGGUAUCAGAAUUAUUCGAAAACUUGGAAGCUGUUUUUGUCCUAACUUUAGAGGUUCAAGGACUUUUAUAUAUCGGACAUCAAUAUUAGUACUAACGUUCUUCACCUACACUGCAUAUCACAUGUCAAGAAAGCCAAUCAGUGUUGUGAAGAACGUCUUGAGUCAAAAUUGUACCGGUUUGAUACCUCCACCUGGAACAUAUAUUGAUGAAAACAACAAAGACUCUUGGUGUGAUUGGGCUCCAUUUGAUGGAAAGAAUUCGCAGACCUUGCUGGGUACUUUGGAUUCAGCGUUUCUUUUUGCCUACGCAGCCGGCAUGUUUCUUAGUGGAUUUGUUGCCGAGCGGGUUAAUUUACGCUACUUCCUGGCGUUGGGCAUGCUCACGUCAGGCUUUUUUACUUACCUAUUUGGCGUGUCAUACUCGCAAGGUAUCCACUCGUUACCUUACUUCUUCAUUGUCCAGACGAUAGCUGGCUUUGCUCAAUCCACUGGAUGGCCUGGUGUAGUGACCGCUGUCGGUAAUUGGUUUGGCAAGGGGAAAAGAGGUUUGAUUUUCGGCAUCUGGAAUUCACAUACUUCAGUGGGGAACAUCUUGGGAUCGCUGAUUGCUGGUCACUUUGUCGAAAGCAAUUGGGGAAUGUCGUUUAUUAUACCCGGUGCUAUUAUCGGCUUUAUGGGUUUCAUUAUCUUCCUAUUUUUGGUAACUGACCCACGCUCAGUCGGAUGCAAUCCCCCUGACCACCACGGAAGUCGAGAUGAAACGAUUAGAGCUGGCUAUUCGAGCAUCGAAGAUGAUAGUAGUAGUCCCGGUCGCAACCGAAAUAUGCGUCUCUAUGCCAACGGUUCCACCAGCUCGUCUUCAAGCUCGUCCAUCACUCUCGACCCUGAGCGUGAAUCCUUAUUGUCACCGACCGACAACAGCGUGGAUUCCACCGAAGUUGGUACUCCCGAUAAAGUCUCUUCUGAAAUCACCAUUUCGAGCACUGACAUCCUGGCGAAGGCGCCGGUCAGCCUCAACAAUCCCGACUUCCAUCGGAGGGAGAAGGCCAUCGGAUUUGUCCAAGCUCUUCGCAUUCCGGGCGUGAUCGAAUUCUCUCUGUGUCUCUUCUUUGCAAAGCUUAUCAACUAUACCUUUCUCUUCUGGCUUCCUCGCUAUAUCAACGCCUCCACAUCUUUUGAUGCCUCCGAAAGCGCAGAUUUAUCGACGCUAUUUGACGUUGGUGGCAUUGUGGGUGGAAUCAUCGCCGGUGUAUUGAGCGACGUAACUGGUAUGAGCGCAGUAACUUGUGCCAUUAUGUUGGUUGUUGCCAUUCCCAUGCUCUUCGUCUACCAAACGUUUGGCACCAUAAGUCUUGUCUCCAACAUCCUGUUGCUCAUGUCUGUCGGCUUGUUGGUUAACGGCCCGUACGCUCUCAUCACAACAGCUGUUUCUACAGAAUUGGGCACACAUCAGUCCCUUCGUGGCUCAGCCCGUGCCCUUGCUACCGUUACCGCUAUUAUAGAUGGCACUGGGUCCAUUGGAGCGGCAGUUGGUCCCCUAAUUGCUGGAACUGUUUCUGACUAUGGUUGGGACAAUGUCUUUUACAUGUUAAUGGUUGCAGAUGUCAUCGCUCUCGUCUUGCUCGCUCGACUGGUGAAACACGAGAUUGAACGCUUUCGUGAACGAAGACGGGAGAUGCGGUUUAAGCGAGAGCGGAUGGCCUAACCUGUUGUAGCCUAACGGCAGACGAACAGGGGAGUCCUCCUCGACACUGCUUGACGUUUUGUCCGUUUUUUCAUCCUUUAUUUUAUAUUAAAAAAAAGAAAGUUCAUGAAUGGCAAACCAUCUUUACGUGGAAAACUUAACAAAAAAAAAAUCAUGUUUGUUCGCUAAGUGAACUUUUUAGUGGAUCGGCUUGUUGAUCAGCUUAUUUCCCUUUCACGCUCGGUCUGCCUUUCUGCUGUCUUUAUUUGUUUCCCCAU